AUGACGGGAAAUGAGGAGAGAAUGCUGCCUUGGAAAGACAGACCUCUUUGUCACUUCACUUGGAAUCUGAAAGUUGCGGUCACUACCGAUUACGAGCGAAUUAUACGUAACAUAGAUCAUGAUUUAGAAGAGACACCAAAUGUAUUGAGGAUAGAAAGCCUUCUGUUUAGAGCCUAUCUAGAGGUAUGGGACAACCGAAAGCGUUGGGAUGUCCGCAAGGCGAGAGAAUUCCUCGACAGAGCCGACGAAUGCAUAGAGCGAACAGACGUGCAAUUACGUAAGGGCUACAGAGUUGUAGCACUCCUGAAUCGGAUGUGGAUCGAAUACAAAUGUCAUAAUACGCAAAAAGUGACAGAUCUACUCAAUGAAUUGAACAGUGUGAGGUUACGGGAUAAAGACCACUCUGUAGUCGGGGCAGUGCGAGCAGCAGCAUUAACACGUCUGGGACCCCAUGUUAAGGAAACUGCUUUGCAGCUGUUCGAAGUAGCACUGCAGAGCUUCCCGAAAAAUGUAGACUUCAUCUAUGGGGCUGGGCUGAUGACAGGCAGAAUGGCUCGAUACAGGAGAUCCGGAAGCUCUCUAUACAAAAAGCUGGACAAAGAAGGUCAAAGGCUCAUGGACAAUGAAAAAGAGUAUUGGCUGAAGAUGAUGAGGAAGAACGAUGAAUAUCAGCUGGCGAGAUCAUCUCUUGGAUUGAACCUCAGUCGACGAGGAAAAAAGGACAGAAAAAAAGGAUGUCAGCAUUUGACAAAAGCCUACGAAAAAAACCCCGAGGUUCAAGAGGUAGUGCGAAAUUUGGCACGAUUUUACAAAGGUACAAGAGAGUUUGAAGAGGCGAUACCAUUAUUAAAAAAUGGUAUUGAACGGAGCCCAGACUGUCCAGAAAGUCAUUUUCAGUUGGCAUUGUGCUACAUCGCAUGCUCUAAAAGAGACAAAGCAAUACAGGAGAAAAAGGACGAGUGGAACAAGGAAGCCCUUGAGGAGCUUCAUAAAUGCUUGGAUCUCAACAAAGGACAUAAUUUUGCAUUAACGAAAUUAUGCAAUGUUCACGCUGCCCUUGGGAACCACGAAGAAGCUGAAAAGAUCUACGAAACCGGGUUGCAGCAGUCUGAACACCGGACAUCCGAAGAUAAGCUAGAUCUUUACUUUAGAUAUGCCAAGUUCCUCCAUUAUACACCAGCGGCCUCGAGACACGAUUCAAGGAUGGAUAUGUGGCACACAGUGAUGGAUAUCGCAGCGUCGUUUGAAUAUCUAGACGAGGCGUCUGGUACAUGGCAAGUGUCAGAGAAGGCUAAAUGGCCUAAAGAGCUAGCUCACGAAAAACUGUUGGAGUACUAUGUAAGUCAGAACAAUUCAUGCCUCGAAGUCGGAAUUCUGCACUUUCAAAACUUCAAUUUUAAAGAAGCUGAGAGGUUAUUAGUACAACAUGAUACUGAGGCUAACUUUAAAAUUACAUGGUACUUGGCACAGACGUACCUGAAGAUGGGUCUUGAAGAAGAACUGCAGGCUCUAUCUCAAAAUAUCGGACCAGAUGAAGCAAAAGAGACAUUCAGGAAGGCUCACGAAAAUGCUCUGCGUGCAAUGGAAGUUGGGUUGAACCAGGGAGAGAGUCGAAAACUAUUGGCGGAUAUUGCUCUAGCUAUCGCACACAACGAGUUUCAGCUGUUAAACCUUCAGCAGCCAACUCUUGCUUCCAUACCACUAGAGUCUCGAUGCAUAAUGUUCUACAGGAAGGCUGUCAGAUGUGGCAGUCUUGUCGCCAGCUUGGAGUUACUCAGACUGAUCCAAAAAGAUAGCCUUCAAAUCACAUCAAGAUGGAUAUUCCUACAAAUUCUUGCGGAAAUUGACGUGAGCUGCUCCCUACGUAGUAGCAAUUUUCUACACCAAGAGGAAAACCCCCUCUCUUUCGGCGAGGGUCUCAGCAGCCGCGAUAGAGACAAAGACGCAUCGGCGUUGAAUUGUAAAACCAUUAAGCGUGAUGUGAUGGCCAUCUUGCAUCAGGAGCCGUUCUUCAGACAGGCUUGGAGGGAGCAUUUCAACAUGGAGAGAGAAAUACUCCUACACAGGUUUGAAAACAACGAAGGGGAGCUGGAGUUGGAUGGAAGGGAAGAGGAAAAGAAGGACACGUUUUCGGAUGAAAUAGUCCAUGCUGCUACCGAUUGCUGUGAGAAACUACGUCCCCUGUUGGACCGUAUUGUUGUCAGGUUUGGGAAAGAAGAGCUCGGCCUUGGAGAAAUGAGAGGUCAGUAUUUUCCUCUAAUACUAGACGAAAGAAAUGCCGCGAACAUUCAAGACAAAUUUCGAAGAAACGUCAUUGCAACCUUCGGGAUCGACAUGAAGAAACAUUAUCCAAAGCUCUACGAGCAGCUCCUAAUGACACAACCAGGGUGCAGUUCCCAAAAUGGCUUCCUGAAAACGUUUUGCACGCUGGUUAACAAGAUCAAACACAGUGAUGUUCAUUUAAAUGACAUACUACAGACAUCCAAGGACCCAGUCGCCUUGGCUCGUCAGUGCACAGAUAAGGUCGAGGAGAUCUGCAACUUUUUCUUCGUCGCCAUGAAGAAGUCCAGAGAUCUGCAGACGAAGGUGAAGCAACUUGAGGAUGAUAUCAGACGUGGCGAGCAUGAGACAGCCGACGAGCUGCUUCAAGUGCUGUCAAACAACGAAGACUUUGUCGUCCGGAUCGGAAGUACUUGGACAUUACUUGAGAUGAUGGCGUUGAUUCGUACAAGCAGAAGGCUGUCUUCGCCACGUGAUGUGGAGACUGACGAGCUGGAGUCGAAACUGACCGAUGGAGGAUGCACGUUUACUCAAAAACUCCGCCGGUGCCAUCAAACAGUUGAAGACGCGCUAUUGCACCGGAAUAACGAAGUUCGGACGAAGUGUAGAGACACAUGCAGAGAGGCCGUCAAACUACUGAAUUCAGUUUUAGCUAAGCAUAAGAACGAGGUAGGGAAUUGUGGAGCUGCAGCCAACCUGAAACCGAAUUCACCGAAGGUAUCUCGGCGAGCACAGAAAGUAACAGAGGAGAGGCCUAUUGCUUUUCCCUUUCUGGACAUGUGCCCUGAUGAUGAAAGCCGCCAGCAAAAUGAACCCGGCCACUGGAAGGGGGUAGUCAAGAAGCAGCUGGAGAAAAACCUCAGCAAGAUGGGGGUCGACAAGAAACUGGUGGACAUAAUCUUGAAGGCCCAACCAUGCGUCUCCGAAGAGAACUAUAAUUUCAUAGCCAUGGAGACAUUUCUCCAGGGAGGAGGUGAUGACGUCAUUGUCCGGAUAACGACAUGCAAUGGUGAAGAGAAAUCAUUCCAGGUGUUGGAUCUCACCCGCUGGUGCACGGAUAACGCUGAAAGACUUGCGCUGGAAAUGGCUACCAUUAUCCCUUCGCUGGUGCACGGUUAA